AACCCGCUAUCAAGAUGGCGAUAUCUUUCGUCCCGGGCCUUACGUUGUCCUUGCAACAUUUUCUUGAUUCGACAACAUGCAAAUCAUGUGCAGACUUCUCGCCAUGAAUGCCUCCACCUUCCCAUUUCAGAUGCGCUCUCAGAUCUGUCGUUUGGAGUCGAAGCACAGGGCAUCAGCAGAGCGGAAACAAGGGGUGAACUUGGAUUUACAGCUUCCCCCGAGAGAGAAGCUGCUGCUUCUUCUUUCCCUUGUGCGUGAUUAUGGGGAAAAAGUCUUGGUUAUGCACGGUUUUCACUCAGGUGUGUCUCUGCAUCGCUCUCUAUGUUGCUUUGAACUUGGGCCGGUCUCAGGAACACAGGGAUUAUACCAAGAGUGUCAUCAGAAGCAGCGGUGGAUUUCUUGAUUCUUACUUUGUCACUGUCCGAGGGGGAUUUAGAGCUCCAAAUGAACAGACGCGGCUCUUAAGACUGGUGCUCUCAGGGAUGGCUACACUGGAGAAGGUGUCAAGGACAUAUGGCGCAGCAUUUGUUGUCAACAUCAGUGAACUUGGCGAAGAUGACCCACUUAUGCAGAAUGGUACACAAAAGUACCAAUCGCUGAAAAUUCCAUGGUACACCACUAAAGCUUCAAAAGGAGGAAGAAGUUAUUUCAGAGAGCAGAUGAAAAUUCCUCAUGGGAAAACCUUAGACUUAAUUGGUCUAGAUACCGGCCUUUUUAAGGGUUCUGUGAUGAUGGGAUCAUCAAUGGGGCUUGGCGUGGAGCAACUUAAAUGGCUCACAAAGAUCCUAGAGGAAACAACUGGUGAAUGGCGCAUAAUCGCAGGAUUUCUUCCUCUGACUUCCUGCCAAGAAAGUAAGGAUCUAUUUGAAGCAAGGGCAGAUCUUAACCCUUUGAGUAGCAUCUUUUCCACUUAUGGAGUGAAUGCAUACUUAAGUAAAAGGGCUGGCAUGCAUCGUGUUCACGAAGGGGGUGUUACCUACAUUGGCGACCCUGGCCAAUUAUAUAAAAAAUCUAAUUCUGCUUCGUCUCAUGGAACAGCGUCAGUCUUUUGCAGAGAACUUGCCGAUGGGUUCCUUCUUCACAGAGUCACCGCUCUGGAAAUAGUGACUUAUUUCGUUAACUUGUCUGGGGAAGCUGUCCACAAAACCGUGCUGCGGCACCCCGGAAAGGAGGUCAUGUGAGUUCACAAGUAGCCAGAAAGUGCAAGUUCAUUUGAUUGGACAGAUUCCUUGUAAAUGAGUCGCCACGCGAAUUUUUUCGAGGUACUUAUCGUCUUCAUUUGUCAGCCCCACGGUCGUCGAGCAAUUCUUGUGAGGUCGGUUCCGCUUGUCUCGGGAGCCUCUCAGCCAUUUUUGGAUAGCAGAGUUGAGGAUGUGUUUCAACUCUCUUUCUUGCAUAACUGAGUACUUCAUUGAGGUUUUCUGCAAUUGUAAAUUGGAAAGCACAUUGCUGAUCGGAUAAAGUCAUGGUCUUUCUUCAUUCAUUGUUGUAUUCAGUAGUUGAAGUUUGAUGCUGAUUAUUACUAAGAGAAGUCUAGCUUUCCCUGUAAUGACAUGUUGCAAAGCUUGUAGUAUGAGUUUAGCAGCUUGCCUUUCCGCAAGUUUGAUCUCUUGACAA